AUGCAAUACGAUAAUCAUCCACUUUUAAUAGCUGAAAUUGCCAGUAUUCUAUGUAGCUUUGUAGAUACUAAGGACCUCUUUAGUCUAGCAUUGACUUGUAGAGUGUUUUAUCGAUUUGCAUCUGAGAGGCUCUGGCGAACGCUAAAUCCAACUUCACUUCGAACGUUACGUAAAAUUAAAAACACAUUGGAUAAUAAUACGGCGUAUAAUAAACUUGUUUGGAAAUUUAAAUGGUCAGCACGAGAAGAACAUAGCUUAGAGCGACUCUUUUUCAAAUCCUUUUUGUUUCCUCACCUGAGGGAACUUGAAUUUUCCAAUGCAGCCACGCAAGACUAUAUCGUCUAUCCUAUGAUUGCUGCCUCUAGUCGUUAUUUACGCUCGCUUAAUCUGUCUCAAUGUUACUGUUUAUCGAGUGAUGCAAUAAAACCUCUUUUGCACAUGUCACCGAAUCAACUAGAAUCACUUGUUCUUUAUGGCUGCGGGAAGAUGGAUGCUCAAAUGAUGGUCGAUAUCAUUCAACGGCACUCAAGUACUUUACAAUGUAUCCGAUUGACAGAUAUAAACGACGCCAUCUUGGAUGCCAUUGGACAAUGUCUUCACCUCACCGACCUUGGUCUCGAGCACUGUACGUCAUUGUCGAGUACUGCCCUGACAAGGUAUUUUAGGAAAGCACCACAACUGACACACCUCCGUAUGCGUGAUAUCAGUCAGUUGACAUCUCAUCAUUUACGAUUAAUUGCAGAUUCAAGCAAGUCGCUUGUCUAUUUCGAUAUGAGCGAAUGUAAUCAAGUGAAUAGUAGCGAUGGAUUCUUUCGAUUGGCCAUAGAAUGUACAUCACUAGAGACGCUACUACUUGCUUACCAGACAGGCGUGACCAAUCAAGCAAUGCAGCUCUUCCUUUCUCACUGUCCCUCUUUAAGACACGUGGACGUAUCGGGCUGUCGAUUACUCACUGAUCACGCUUUUUUGCUGAACGACAAUGACCUCCAACUUGAAACAUUGAAUGUCAGUGGACUUGACCUUCUCACAUCGGACUCUAUUCAUCAGUUAUUAUCGAGACUAUCGCGCCUAAAGGAGUUAUGUUUGGGUGUAACUUAUGAUUUGGAUGAAGCAGAUAGAAUCCUCGAAAUAAUUAAUCAUUGCGAAAAGAAGUUCUUUAUUGAUAUUGAAAGAUAUUAUACAAUUUGUAGAAUAAACCAUACAGACACGAACAUCCCAACACAUCCUCAUCCUCGACUAGUCCAUCUACCAUCAACAGAUAUUUCCUUACCCUCUGCUUCCACUUGGAACCUGCCUAGCCUUCAAUAA